UAUUAUUGUAUUAUGAUGUAAAUUAUUUGUUAUACAUAGAUGUCUUCAAUAAAUGCGUACAAAUUUGUUUUACUUUUAUUUAUUUCUAUCUUUAAAUUGUAGGAUAUUCGUUGAUAGAAUAUGUUAUAAUCACUCUGACAAUUAUAUUGAUAUUAAUAUUUAUGUAUAUGCGAUUUUCAAUCAGAUGAUCCAUUUUGAGGAGAAUGCUGAGAUUGAUUACUUCGUAGACUCUCUAGAGUUAUUUUAUGACAUACAAUGGCUGUAUAAUGCCCCAGUGACGGAAAUUCUUGUUAAAAGAUAUUUAGAGUCGUGUCCUGAUGGCUGGAUGGAAUGCUUAAAAAAUUCACAAAAUCAGGAACUUAAUGAUUUUGUUUCCAGAAAAUUGGUGCAGAUGAACUGGCCAGAGUCUCUUAAAAGAUUUGUUGAGAAGUGUAAUACGUUAGAUAGACUACCGCGAGCCAAUCCUGCCUUCUCAAUACAAUUACCAGAAUGUUUUCUAAAAGGAAUAAAUAAAAAAAAACAACAUGAAAUCAUUCACCUUGCACAAUUAGUACAUGAACAAUGUAGGGCACACAAACUAGAAAACAUCAUUGAUUUAGGAGCAGGUUUGGGUUACAUUUGUCAACUGUUGCAUCAUCUAUAUGGAUAUAAAGUUCUAGGUCUGGAAGCAAAUAUAAAAAAUGUGAAUUGUGCAAACAACCGGCAAAAUAAUUUGUAUCCUAAAUCAAAAAAACAGGUUCAAUACGUCUGGUGUAAAAUCACAAAUAAUUAUGUGAAAACAAUAGAGUCUAUAUUGCAGAAAUCUGCAGUGACUGAGAAGUUUUGCCUCAUUGGACUCCAUGCCUGUGGAGAUCUCAGUAUCUAUGCAUCUGAAAUAUUUUCUAAAAUGAAAGCUGCUCGCCUUCUCAUUUUAAUUUCUUGUUGCUACCAUAAAUUAUCACUUGUCAGUAAUAGCCAAGAUAUGACAGGAAAAGAAUAUUUUGAGAAUUUUCCAAUAUCCCGAGCAUUGAAAACGGCGGCUGGAAGAUGCAACCUAGAUAUUGGUUUAUUUUUGAGAAGACCCUUUCUACGGUUGGCUUGUCAAGAGCCAGCAGCUAGAUGGGAUAACAAGUCGGAACAUUUCCACAGUGAACAUUCCUUUUAUGUUCUAGCUAGGGCAAUCUUGGAAUUAUAUGCUAAGCAGAAUAGACUUUGCCUCAAGAAAAAUGUUCGGAAAGCCACAAGGAAAUCGCAAUGUUUGAAUUUUUCGACGUACUUGAAGGAUUCAUUGAAGAGAUAUACCUUUGAACGCAUCGUGGAAGAAAGUGAUAAAUCGAUAUCAUGUAUGAUAACAAUAACUGAGGAUUUACAAAAAGAUAUUAUGUCACUGUGGGAAAAAUAUGAACAUAAAUUAAAAGCAGUAGAAGUUUAUACUGGACUUCAAUUGCUGCUUCAAAGCCCUGCUGAAUCUCUAAUUUUAAUGGAUCGUGUAUGUUGGCUCAAGGAACAUGGAUUUCCAACAGAAAUCCUGCCCGUAAUGAGUGAAAAAUUAUCACCACGUUCUCAGGCUAUUGUAUCGAGAAAACAUCAAUGAAUAUAGUUGACCGUUCAAAGGAUAUGUUAUUUAUCCGCU